AUGGGCUGCACCGUGAGCCUGGUGUGCUGUGAGGCUCUGGAGCCCGGGCCCCCCUGCGGCCCUCAGCCCCCCGGGAGUCCCCCGGCCGCAGAGCCCGCUCAGUGCUGGGAGCCCGGGGACCCGGGCCGCGCGCACAGGAGGCAGCUGCUGCUUCAGCCAGAGGAUCUGGAGGCCCCCAAGACCCACCACUUCAAGGUGAAGACUUUCAAGAAGGUGAAGCCCUGUGGUAUCUGCCGACAGGCCAUCACCCGGGAGGGCUGUACCUGCAAAGUCUGCAGCUUCUCCUGUCAUCGGAAAUGCCAGGCCAAGGUGGCUGCCCCCUGCAUUCCUCCGUCCAACCAUGAGCUGGUGCCCAUCACCACUGAGAGUGCCCUAAAGAAUGUAGUGGACACGGGAGAAGGAGCCUCCCGGGGUGGAAAUUCACGGAAAAGUCUGGAAGAAGAGGGCUCCACUAGAGUCACCCCGAGUAUCCAGCCCCAUCUGCAGCCUGUCAGUCCCCCUAGAAACCUGAGUGUGAGCCGGACCAUGGAGGACAGCUGUGAGCUGGACCUGGUGUACGUCACAGAGAGGAUCAUUGCUGUGUCCUUCCCCAGCACAGCCAAUGAGGAGAACUUCCGGAACAACCUCCGGGAGGUGGCCCAGAUGCUCAAGUCCAAACAUGGAGGCAGCUACCUGCUGUUCAAUCUCUCUGAGCGAAGACCUGACAUCACAAAGCUCCAUUCCAAGGUACUGGAAUUUGGCUGGCCUGACCUACAUACCCCAGCCCUCGAGAAGAUCUGCAGCAUCUGCAAGGCCAUGGACACCUGGCUCAACUCAGACCCGCACAACGUCGUCGUGCUACACAACAAGGGAAACCAAGGCAGGAUAGGGGUGGUCAUCGCGGCUUACAUGCACUACAGCAACAUUUCUGCCAGUGCUGACCAAGCUCUGGAUCGGUUUGCAAUGAAGCGGUUCUAUGAGGAUAAGAUCAUACCCAUUGGGCAGCCAUCUCAGAGAAGGUAUGUGCAUUACUUCAGCGGCCUGCUCUCUGGCUCCAUCAAAAUGAACAACAAGCCCUUGUUUCUGCACCAUGUGAUCAUGCACGGCAUCCCCAACUUUGAGUCCAAAGGAGGGUGUCGGCCUUUUCUCCGCAUCUACCAGGCCAUGCAGCCUGUGUACACGUCUGGCAUCUACAACAUCCCGGGGGACAGCCAGACGAGCAUCUGCAUCACCAUUGAGCCAGGACUGCUCCUGAAGGGAGACAUCUUGCUGAAGUGCUACCACAAGAAGUUCCGGAGCCCCGCCCGAGAUGUCAUCUUCCGUGUGCAGUUCCAUACCUGUGCCAUCCAUGACCUGGGGGUUGUCUUUGGGAAGGAGGACCUCGAUGAGGCCUUCAAAGAUGACCGAUUUCCAGAAUAUGGCAAAGUAGAGUUCGUGUUUUCUUACGGGCCAGAGAAAAUUCAAGGCAUGGAGCACCUGGAGAAUGGGCCGAGUGUGUCUGUGGAUUACAACACCUCCGACCCCCUCAUCCGCUGGGAUUCCUACGACAACAUCAGUGGACAUCGGGAAGAUGGCAUGGAGGAGGUGGUGGGGCACACCCAGGGGCCACUGGACGGGAGUCUGUACGCCAAGGUGAAGAAGAAGGACUCCCUGAACGGCAGCACCGGGGCCGUCAACGCCGCGCGUCCUGUCCUGUCGGCCACCCCCAACCACGUGGAGCACACGCUUUCCGUGAGCAGUGACUCGGGCAACUCCACAGCCUCCACCAAGACCGACAAGACCGAUGAGCCUGUCCCCGGGGCCUCCGGUGCCCCCGCUGCCCUGAGUCCCGAGGAGAAGCGGGAGCUGGAUCGCCUGCUCAGCGGCUUUGGCCUAGAGCGAGAGAAGCCGGGCGCCAUGUACCGCGCACAGCACCUCAGGUCCCGCCUGGCCGCCGGCCCAGCUGUGUCUCCCUCGGGCCGUCACGUUGUCCCAGCCCAGGUCCAUGUCAACGGCGGGGCCUUGGCCUCUGAGCGGGAGACAGACAUCCUGGAUGAUGAGCUGCCCAACCAGGAUGGGCACAGCGUGGGCAGCAUGGGCACGCUGUCCUCUCUGGACGGGAUCACCAACACCAGCGAGGGGGGCUACCCAGAAGCCCUGCCCCCACUAACCAACGGCCUGGACAAGGCCCACCCUGGGGAACCUCUGGUCAAUGGCGGGGGCUACCCCUAUGAGAACGCCAGCCGGGCAGUGCCCGCCCAUGCUGGCCACGUGGCCCCCAUGCGACCCUCCUACUCGGCGCAGGAGGGCUUAGCUGGCUACCAGCGGGAGGGGCCCCACCCGGUCUGGCCCCAGGCAGUGACCACCUCCCACUACGGCCAUGACCCCAGCGGCAUGUUCCGCUCUCAGUCCUUCCCCGAUGCCGAGCCCCAGCUGCCCCCAGCUCCAGCCCGCGGGGGCAGCAGCCGGGAGGCCGUGCAGAGGGGGCUGAAUUCAUGGCAGCAGCAGCAGCAGCCGCAGCCUCGCCAACCUCCUCGCCAGCAGGAAAGAGCCCAGUUGGAGAGCCUUGCGACCGGCAGGCCCAGCCCCCAGCCGCUGGCAGAGCCCCCCGCCUCUGCUCUCCCAGAAUUCCCCAGGGCGGCCUCUCACCAGGAGAUUGAGCAGUCCAUCGAAGCGCUCAACAUGCUCAUGCUGGACCUUGAGCCAGUCUCGGCCGCCGCCCCCCUGCACAAGUCCCAGAGUGUCCCCGGUGCCUGGCCAGGGGCUUCCCCACUCUCCUCCCAACCCCUCUCGGGCUCUUCCCGCCAGUCUCAUCCACUGACCCAGUCCAGAUCUGGCUCCAUCCCCGGUGGGCACUCCCUGGGAACCCCCGAGCUGGCCCCUCCCGGCAGGUCUUACUCACCUUACGAUUAUCAGUCGGGUCCAGCUGCGUCCAACCAGGGUUUCCGUCCAAAGAGCCCAGCCUCCUCAUCCUUCCUUCCAACCGCCCAUGGCCCCCCAGGGCCUCAGCAGCCCCCAGCCUCUCUCCCUGGCCUCACCACGCAGCCUCAGCUCCCACCAAAGGAAGUGGCCUCAGAGCCCUCCCGAACCCCAGAGGAGGAGCCACUGAACCUGGAAGGGCUGGUGGCCCACCGAAUAGCAGGGGUGCAGGCUCGGGAGAGGCAGCCUGCGGAGCCCCCAGCCCCACUCCGGAGGCGGGCGGCCAGCGAUGGACAGUAUGAGAACCAUUCUCCUGAAGCCACAUCCCCCCGUAGCCCUGGGGUUCGCUCCCCUGUCCAGUGCGUCUCCCCUGAGCUGGCUCUCACCAUCGCCCUCAAUCCUGGAGGGCGCCCCAAAGAGCCCCACCUGCACAGCUACAAGGAGGCCUUCGAGGAGAUGGAGGGGACCUCUCCAACCAGCCCGCCGUCCGGUGGGGUGCGCUCCCCUCCAGGUCUGGCCAAGACACCCCUAUCUGCUCUGGGCCUGAAACCCCACAACCCAGCGGACAUCUUGUUGCACCCCACAGGCGCCACCAGGCGACUCGUCCAGCCAGAGGAAGAUGAGGGGAGAGAGCUGGCUAAGCUUCCAGAAGAAGCUCGGAGCUACGUGGAGUCUGUGGCACGGACGGCAGUGGCUGGGCCCCGACCUCAGGAUGCUGAACCCAAGAGCUUCAGUGCCCCAGCUGCCCAGGCCUAUGGCCACGAGACGCCCCUGAGGAAUGGGACCCUGGGCAGCUCCUUUGUCUCCCCCAGCCCUCUGUCCACCAGCAGCCCCAUCCUCAGCGCCGACAGCACUUCAGUGGGGAGUUUCCCAUCAGGGGAGAGCAGCGACCAGGGCCCGCGGACACCCACCCAGCCCUUGUUGGAUUCCAGCUUCCGCUCCGGCAUCCUGGGGCAGCCCAGCCCUGUGGCCCAGAGAAGUUACCAGAGCUCUUCUCCUCUCCCGACCGUGGGCAGCAACUACAGCAGCCCCGACUCCUCACUUCAGCAAUUCAGCCCCGCAGAAAGCCAGCCCCGCUCUCAGUUCAGUGUGGCCAGUGUCCACACGGUGCCCGGGAGCCCUCAGGCCCGCCACAGGACAGUGGGCACCAACACGCCCCCUAGUCCUGGCUUCGGCCGGCGGGCCGUCAACCCCAGCAUGGCUGCUCCUGGCAGUCCCAGUUUGAGCCACCGCCAGGUCAUGGGUCCACCUGGCCCUGGUUUCCAUGGCAACACCGUUUCCAGCCACCAAAGCAGUGCGGCCACCACCCCAGGGAGCCCCAGCCUGGGCCGGCACCCCGGGGCCCACCAAGGCAACCUGACCCCCAGUCUCCAUGGCAACGCAGUGGCCAGCCCUGGCAGCCCCAGCCUGGGCCGUCACCUGGGAGGGUCUGGAUCCAUGGUUCCUGGCAGCCCCAGCUUGGACCGGCACGUGGCCUACGGUGGCUACUCCACCCCUGAGGACCGGAGGCCCGCGCUGUCCCGACAGAGCAGCGCUUCCGGCUACCAGCCCCCGUCCACACCCUCCUUCCCUCUCUCCCCUGCCUACUACCCGGGCCUGAGCAGCCCCACCACCUCCCCCUCCCCGGAUUCUGCGGCCUUCCGGCAGGGGAGCCCCACACCGGCCCUGCCAGAGAAGCGGAGGAUGUCCGUGGGCGACCGGGCAGGCAGCCUCCCCAACUACGCCACCAUCAACGGGAAGGUGUCCUCCUCGCCGGUGGCCAGUGGCAUGUCCAGUCCCAGUGGGGGCAGCACUGUCUCCUUCUCCCACACGCUGCCCGACUUCUCCAAGUACUCCAUGCCAGACAACAGUCCUGAGACCCGGGCUAAAGUGAAAUUUGUCCAGGACACUUCCAAGUAUUGGUACAAGCCUGAGAUCUCCAGAGAGCAAGCCAUCGCACUCCUUAAGGAUCAGGAGCCAGGGGCCUUCGUCAUCCGUGACAGCCACUCCUUCCGGGGGGCCUAUGGGCUGGCCAUGAAGGUGUCUUCGCCCCCUCCGACCAUCACGCAGCAGAAUAAGAAAGGAGAUCUGGCCCAUGAGUUGGUGAGACAUUUCCUAAUCGAGACCGGCCCCAGAGGAGUCAAGCUCAAGGGCUGCCCCAAUGAGCCGAACUUUGGCUCCCUGUCCGCCCUGGUGUACCAGCACUCCAUCAUCCCUCUGGCUCUGCCCUGCAAGCUCGUCAUUCCAAACCGAGACCCCACAGAUGAAUCGAGAGAUAGCUCGGGCCCUGCCAACUCGACUUCUGACCUGCUGAAGCAAGGAGCAGCCUGUAAUGUACUCUUCGUCAAUUCCGUGGAUAUGGAGUCACUCACUGGGCCGCAGGCCAUCUCCAAAGCCACAUCUGAGACGUUGGCUGCCGACCCCACCCCAGCUGCCACUAUCGUUCACUUCAAGGUCUCUGCGCAGGGAAUCACACUGACUGACAACCAGAGAAAGCUCUUCUUCCGAAGACACUACCCCCUCAACACUGUCACCUUCUGUGACCUGGAUCCACAGGAAAGAAAGUGGAUGAAGACAGAGGGAGGUGCUCCUGCUAAGCUCUUUGGCUUCGUGGCCCGGAAGCAGGGCAGCACCACAGACAACGCCUGCCACCUCUUUGCCGAGCUCGACCCCAAGCAGCCUGCCUCGGCCAUUGUCAACUUUGUCUCCAAGGUCAUGCAGAGCACCGGCCAGAAGAGAUGA